GUUCUGGGUAGACAGGCUUCACCAAAAUGGCGACGUAGGUCCCGCGUUUUGGGAAAGACUGGGAGGUUUUUGUGAUAUUUCUGCACACACAGGCUUCUCUUCGCGUGCAACACGCGCGAUCUUAAGACUAAUUAUCAUUGACGUUGGUUGUAGUUUAUGUCUUGGCGUUUCUGAGCGUCUGUUGAGGUUUAACUUCGGUGGAAGUUGCAACUCAGCUCAGCCCCCCUCCCCAACUCUUCCUAAACGAAUUUUCUCAUCAGUUUUGAGCUGAAUUGUAUAUCUCUGUAGCGGAUCGGACACUGCAGCCAUGAAACGUUCAGACAGCGUGUCCCCUGAACGGGAGACUAAGGUAGUGAAGACGGAGGAGAAGGAGAGAGACCGGGAAAAGCGAAGGGAGAAGAAAAGAUCACCGCCUCGGGAUCGUGAUAAAAAGAGGUCUCGCUCUCCGGACCGGAAAGAGCGCAAGAGGUCGAGAUCCAGGGAACGUAAGAGAUCACGUUCCCGCGAUCGUGACAGGAAGAGAUCAAGAUCACGAGAACGCCGAGACAAGAAAAGAGCUCGUUCCAGGUCACCGCACCGUUCAUCCAAGUCAUCUCGGGACAAGAAAGAUACUGCAAAUGUGAAGAAAGAAGAAGAGGAAGAGCAAGACAAAGUGAAGAAGGAACCCUUGUCCUUGGAGGAGUUGCUGGCUCGGAGGAAGGCAGAGGAGGAAGCCCUGUCGAAACCCAAGUUCCUGAGUAAGGAAGAUCGAGCCGCUCUUGCCUUGAAGCGCAGACAGGAACAAGUGUCACAACAACGACAGGUUCAGGAGGAAGAGAGAAAGAAACGCAUGGACUUCAUUCAUCAGGGACAGAAGUCCAUGGUUAGUGACAGAAUCCCCCCAGGCAGGUUUCAGAGUCUUGAACAAAGACGUACUGUUUCUGCAGACGACUCGUACGAAAGGGAGCGCCGCGAACGGCGGGAGCGGCGAGAGCGCGGGGAACGUGGGGAGCGCGGGGAUCGCGGGGAGGAGGAGACGGAAGGCGGAGAACGCUCCAAAGUCCGAGAGGAAAAGGAUAAGGAGAAAGAGAUCAAUGCUAUCAAGGAAAGAUACCUGGGCAUCAUCAAGAAGAAGAGACGUGUCCGUAGACUGAACGACCGUAAGUUUGUGUUUGACUGGGCAGCAGAUGAGGACACUUCUGUGGACUACAAUCCACUGUAUAAGGAAAGACAUUGUGUUCAGAUGUUUGGAAGAGGUCACAUUGCAGGCAUUGACCUCAAGGCCCAGAUCAAGGACCAGUCUAAGUUCUAUGGAGAACUGAUGGAGCAGAGAAGAACCAAGGAGGAGAAGGACCAGGAAAUAAAGCGACUGAACAAGGUAAAGCAGAGGGAACUGAAGCAGAAAUGGGACGACCGCCACUGGACCCAGAAAUCUCUGGAGGAGAUGAUCGAAAGGGACUGGCGAAUCUUCCGUGAGGACUAUAGCAUCACCACGAAGGGCGGGCGCAUCCCCAACCCACUGCGGACGUGGAAGGAGGCAUCGCUAACGGAUGAGAUCGACAGCAUCAUUAAGGACUUGGGCUACAAGGAGCCGACUCCAAUCCAGAGGCAGGCCAUUCCCAUUGGUCUACAGAACCGUGACAUCAUCGGCGUGGCGGAGACGGGCAGCGGUAAGACUCUCGCGUUCCUCAUCCCCCUGCUCAUAUGGAUUGAGUCUCUCCCGAAGAUCGUGCGUAACGAGGAUGCAGACCAGGGUCCGUACGCGAUCAUCCUGGCUCCGACCCGUGAGCUGGCCCAGCAGAUCGAGGAGGAGACGCUGAAGUUCGGGCGCAGGCUGGGGAUCAGAACGGUGGCUGUGAUUGGUGGAUUGUCACGUGAAGACCAGGGGUUCAAACUGAGGAUGGGAUGUGAGAUUGUGAUUGCUACACCUGGCCGAUUGAUUGACGUGUUGGAGAACCGUUACCUGGUGUUGAGUCAGUGCACCUAUGUGGUCAUGGAUGAGGCUGAUCGUAUGAUUGACAUGGGGUUCGAGCCAGAUGUGCAGAAGAUUCUGGAGUAUCUCCCUGUGACCAACCAGAAGCCAGACACAGAGGAGGCAGAGGAUGUGGAGAAACUAAAGGCCAACUUUUCUACAAAGAACAAGUACCGACAGACUGUGAUGUUUACGGCCACCAUGCCUCCACAAGUGGAGCGCCUGGCGCGUAGCUACCUGCGCCGCCCCGCUGUCGUGUACAUCGGUUCCGCAGGCAAACCCACGGAGCGCACCCAACAGGUGGUGUACCUGGUCAAGGAAGGCGAGAAGAAGAACAAACUGAAGGAGAUCCUGAACAGAGGCAUCGAGCCACCGAUCAUCAUCUUUGUGAACCAGAAGAAGGGCUGCGAUGUCCUGGCUAGGUCACUGGAGAAGAUGGGAUUCAAUGCCUGUACGCUCCACGGAGGUAAGGGUCAGGAGCAGCGAGAGUUCGCGCUGAAUAACCUGAAGCAGGGCGCAAAGGACAUCCUGGUCGCUACGGACGUCGCUGGGCGUGGUAUCGACAUCCAGGACGUAUCCAUGGUCAUCAACUACGACAUGUCCAAGAACAUCGAAGACUACACCCAUCGUAUUGGCCGUACGGGUCGUGCUGGGAAGAGCGGAAAGGCUGUGACGUUCCUGACGAGCCAUGACGGGCCGGUCAUGUAUGACCUGAAGCAGACCAUCCUGGACAGCCCUGUCUCCACCUGUCCUCCCGAGCUGGCCAAUCAUCCUGAUGCACAGCACAAACCUGGCACUGUGCUCACCAAGAAACGCAGGGAGGAGACCAUCUUUGCUUAGAAACACAGGGAGGAGAUUAUCUUUGCUUAGAAACACAGGGAGGAUACCAUCUUUGCUUAGAAACACAGGGAGGAGAUAAUCUUUUCUUAAAAACACAGGGAGGUCAUAUUUUCAUAGAAACACAAGAAGGAGACCAUCUUUGUUUGGAAACGUAGGGAGGAGACCAUUGUUACUUAGAAAUACUGGAAAGAGACCAUCUUUGAUAAGAAAUACUGGAAUGAAAAAAAUCUUUGCUUAAAAACAAAUUGAGGAGACUGUGUAUGUAUGAAAACAGAGAGGAGACUGUAUUUGCAUUGUCACCGUUUUUGUAUGUAUGGACAAGAUUAGUUGUAUGAAACCAGUCAAGAUGGUUUGGUUAAGUUUAAAACUACAUGUACAUUGUAUCUGUAAGAAGAUUUUGUAUUUAUGAGCAGGAGACAACAAUGGAAAUUUCCUUCAAUGAUUGCCUUGUUCAUUUAACCAUCUGCACAAACCUAUAAGCAAUGUUGUGAUGUGUUGCUAGAAUGUAGAUUCUAGCUUUGACAAGGUGGUUCCAUAUCAUACAAGUAUGUAUUUUACACACGGCUCAGCACUGUAGACAUACGUUUGUUGACAUUUUCUGUAAAGGUAAGUUUUGUCUAAACUGUUUGAGAUGUAAAAUAUAAAAGACAAGAACAACCCUGACCAGGACUGGGAAAAUCAUAGCAAAAAUAUAUAGUGUAAACACAUAAGAAAAUGUGAUGAAAUGUUGUAAUGAAGAAUAAAAUGAUCCAGUUUACCGAGAUGCACUUCAUAGCUGCCUGCCUACACAUGGUACGAUGUUGUCUUGCUCAAGUGGUAAUAGUGCAACAGUCAACAGAUGUUUUUGUCCGACCUGAGAAAAUGAUACCGUUAUCAUCAGAAUAAAGACAAACAUUCCUAUAGUG